GCACAGUUAGUUGAUCUGAAGUCUGAACUGACAGAAACGCAGGCCGAGAAAGCAGUAUUGGAAAAGGAAGUGCAUGAUCAGCUUUUGCAACUCCAUGCUGUUCAACUUCAGCUACAUGCCAAAACUGGUCAGAGUGGUGAUUCUGGGGCUAUUAAGGCAAAACUGUCUGUCCUUUCUGUGGAUGAAAUGGAGCGAGAACUUGAAGCUAACAAGAAAGAAAAAGUGAAAGAAGCUCAGCUGGAAGCUGAGGUGAAGUUACUGAGGAAGGAAAAUGAAGCACUUCGUAGACACAUAGCUGUGCUUCAGGCUGAGGUUUAUGGAGCGAGAUUGGCAGCCAAGUAUUUAGACAAGGAACUAGCUGGAAGGGUCCAGCAGAUUCAGUUACUGGGCCGAGAUAUGAAAGGACCUGCUCAUGACAAGCUUUGGAAUCAGCUUGAAGCAGAAAUACACCUUCACCGUCACAAAACCGUUAUUAGAGCUUGUCGAGGUCGGAAUGAUCUAAAAAGACCAAUGCAUGCACCACCAGGACAUGAUCCUGACGCCUUAAAGAAGAGUCAAGGGGUUGGUCCAAUCAGAAAAGUUUUGCUGGUUAAAGAAGACCAUGAAGGACUAGGAAUUUCAAUCACAGGUGGGAAGGAGCAUGGUGUCCCAAUACUGAUCUCUGAAAUCCAUCCUGGACAACCUGCUGAUCGAUGCGGAGGACUGCAUGUUGGUGAUGCUAUUCUGGCAGUAAAUGGAGUUAAUCUAAGAGAUGCCAAACAUAAAGAAGCUGUAACUAUUCUUUCCCAACAGAGAGGUGAGAUUGAAUUUGAAGUAGUGUAUGUUGCUCCAGAAGUUGAUUCGGAUGAUGAAAAUGUAGAAUAUGAGGACGAGAGUGGACACCGUUAUCGUUUAUAUCUUGAUGAAUUGGAAGAAGGUGCAAAUUCAAGUUCUAAUAGGAAAGAUGCAAAUGUGGAUGUCAAACCCUCACAAGUGUUCGAUAAGAAGCCAAGUAUUGAUGGACAUGAAAAUGGUGACCUGGGGAAUUCAGUUGAAGCUCCAUUAGAAGACACUGCACCCAAAUUAGCCCAUUCUGCUGAGUCUUUAUCCUAAAAACAAAAAAAACUGGACAGAUCCUGUCUUUGGGAACAAUUGAUAAUCAAUAUUGACUGCUCCAAGUUGCAUACACUAGUGUAGGUUGUAAAAGGAUGAUUAAAUGUCAAAGGGAACUGUAUUAUUGUUGCCUGGAAAAAAGGCGGUUACCUCAGGGCUUCACUGUGAGCAAUUCUAAAUGUGGAAAACUGUCUUUUGCGUGACACACAGUAGUUAUCUAACACAUGGCAUGUGAAAUGAAUUUUAAUAAUAAGCACCAAAGCAUGGGAUUUCUAAAAAGGAUAACCUCAUUACAUUCAACUUUUAAUCUCAUUGAUGUCCCCAAGGAAAUAGAAUAAGAUGUGGACAGCUUCAUUUUGACCCUUUGAUGUUUUAAAGGGACAACUGAUCUUCAGUUUGGUGUGAAACAAGCUUUAACUCUAGAAGGAUGAGGGGGGGAAUUCUACCAUUGCGUCCAUGAGUUUU